AUGAACGGCACCGUGAUCCCCGGCACGCCAAUCGCCGUGGACUUCUGGAGCGUGCGGCGCGCGGGCGGCGCUCGCCUCUUCUUCCUCUCGCACCUGCACGCGGACCACACGGUGGGGCUGUCGAGCACGUGGAGCCGGCCCGUGUUCUGCUCGCCGCUCACCGCGCGCCUCCUGCGCCGCCGCCUCCAGGUGCCCGCGCGCUGGAUCCGGCCGCUGGAGGUGGGGCAGAGCCACGUGCUGGGUGACGGCGACACCGUGACCGUGACGCUGCUCGACUCCAACCACUGCCCCGGCUCCGUCAUGUUCCUCUUCGAGGGCGCCUUCGGCACCAUUCUCUACACAGGCGACUUCCGCUACAGCCGCGCCAUGCGGCAGGAGCCGGCGCUGCGCGGUCGCCGCCUCGACCGCCUCUACCUGGACACCACGCACUGCGAGCCGGGCCGCCGCCUGCCCUCGCGCUGCCGCGCCGCCCGCCAGGCCGCGCGCCUCAUCCGCGACCACCCGCGGCACCACGUCGUCGUGGGUGUCUACAGCCUGGGCAAGGAGGCGCUGCUCGUGGAGCUGGCCCUCGAGUUCCACACCUGGGUUGUCGUGAGUCCCCAGCGCCUGGAGCAGAUGCAGCUGCUGGAGCUGCCCGACGUCUUCACGGCUGAGGAGGGGGCCGGCUGGAUCCGCGCCGUGGACGUCGCUGAGAUCCGCUGGGACACUGUGGUCCGCUGGAACCUGGAGCACCCCACCAUUGCCAUCCUGCCCACCGGCCGGCCCGUGAAGGUCACGCACCCCAAAAUCUACCCCGUUCCCUACUCUGACCACUCAUCCUUUGAAGAGCUGUGUGAGUUUGUGGAGUGGCUGAAACCCUGCUCGGUCAUUCCUAUUGUGCGGGACAGCAAUUGCCAACGUUACUUUGAAAAAUACCUGUGUACCGACCGCCGGACUCUUCCCGACCUCAACACGUCCGAGCCUGUGCAAGAGUUUGCAGAGCAGGAAAGGAAAGAGAAAGGACAGAAACUUGUGCGUCCACUGAAAAAAGCUGUCCAGUGUUCUGUGCCUCGAGGAGUUGUUUUUGAGUCCCCAGAGAAAUACACUGAUAGGCGUGAAGAGGUUGGAGACUUCAAGGUUCCUCAGCAGAACUGCGAGUCCAGUGUUUGCUCCGAAGAAUGCUGGGCUUGCCCUCCCUCACACAAGGAGAAUGGGGAGGAAACGUUUGGCCAGGAUCCCCAGAGGCAGCGCAGGGCAGCGCCGCGGGACGGAGCACGGGCAGCAGCGGUGCCAGCUAGCCCUGCUAGCCCAUCGCCGGCUUCCGAGGACGACGUGCCCAGUGGGUUGGCAGAGCAGUAUUUACUCGCGCCUUUAAAUAUCCUGAAGCAGAAUUCCGUGGAGAAAUUUGACAAGGUAGUAGAAGAAUUCUUAAAGAGGGAGGAAGCAUCCUGA